AUGCAGCUGGAUCAUCGCAUCUCUCCUUCUAUCAUGCUCUCCAAGAAAUUGCUCAGUGUGAGCAGCAGUUACCCCCAUCCAGGCACUUCUGAGCUUGCUUUGCAUGAUCAUCCCAUUAUCUCUACUUCUGACAACCUGGAGAGAAGUUCACCUCUGAAAAAAACGAGCAGGGGGAUGACGAAUCAGUCAGAUCCAGACAAUUUCCCUGACUCCAAGGACGCACCAGGGGACGGCCAGAGGAGUAAGCUGUCUCCUGUCUUGGAUGGGCUUUCUGAGAUUCGUCAUAAUUUCGAUGGAUCUGCAGCAGAUCGCUAUCUCCUCCCUCAGUCCAGUCAGUCCCAUUCUGCAGCCGCGGCUCCCACUACUACCAUGUUCCCCUACCCUACCCAACAUGGACCUGCUCACCCAGCCUUCUCCAUCGGGAGCCCCGGCAGAUACAUGGCCCACCAUCCGGUCAUCGCCAAUGGAGCUUACAACAGCCUGCUGGGCAAUUCCUCCCCGCAAGCCUACCCUACCGCCGGAUACCCCUACACCCAGCAGUAUGGGCACUCCUACCAAGGGGCACCCUUCUACCAGUUCUCCACCGCCCAGCCGGGACUGGUGCCGGGCAAGGCGCAGGUCUACCUCUGCAACCGGCCACUUUGGCUCAAGUUCCACCGGCACCAGACCGAGAUGAUCAUCACCAAGCAAGGAAGACGCAUGUUCCCUUUCCUGAGUUUUAACAUCUCUGGCCUGGACCCCACAGCCCACUACAAUAUCUUUGUAGACGUGAUACUGGCUGAUCCCAAUCACUGGAGAUUUCAAGGGGGCAAGUGGGUGCCUUGUGGCAAGGCGGACACCAAUGUACAAGGUAACAGGGUGUACAUGCAUCCGGACUCUCCCAACACAGGAGCCCACUGGAUGAGACAGGAGAUCUCAUUUGGGAAGAUGAAGCUGACUAAUAACAAGGGGGCUUCCAAUAAUAACGGUCAGAUGGUCGUCUUGCAGUCUUUGCACAAGUACCAGCCGCGGCUGCAUGUGGUGGAAGUGAAUGAAGAUGGCACGGAGGACAGCAGCCAGCCUGGCAGAGUGCAGACCUUCACAUUCCCCGAGACCCAGUUCAUCGCAGUCACUGCCUACCAGAACACCGAUAUCACUCAGCUCAAAAUUGACCAUAACCCCUUUGCCAAAGGAUUUCGAGAUAACUAUGACACUAUCUACACUGGCUGUGACCUGGACCGCCUCACUCCUUCACCCAAUGAUUCUCCCAGGUCCCAGAUAGUGCCCGGUGCUCGCUACUCCAUGGCCAGCUCGUUUCUGCAAGACCAGUUUGUCACCAACUAUGCCAAGUCCCGCUUCCACCACCCGGGGUCGGUGCCAGGGCCAGGUACAGAUCGCAGUGUACCCCAUACUAAUGGUUUACUGUCCCCUCAGCAGGGUGAGGACCCCGGGGCCCCCUCUCCACAGCGCUGGUUUGUUACCCCGGCUAAUAACAGGUUGGACUUCACCACUGCUUCUGCCUAUGACACCGCCACAGACUUUGCUGGCAAUGCCGCCACACUGUUGUCUUACGCGGCGGCGGGAGUUAAGGCUCUUCCCCUGCCGACCGCAGGUUGCGCUGGGCGUCCUCUUGGCUACUACAGCGAUCCUACAGGGUGGGGAGCGCGGAGCCCGCCACAGUAUUGCACCAAGACGGGCUCUGUUCUGUCUUGUUGGGCCCCUGGGGCCAGGGUUACUGCAAACCCCUACCUGUCUGGGGCAGACGACACCGACAGCCUAGCCGCAGAUAGGUCUCCUUUAGGUGAGGACACCAAACCCAAAGACCUAUCUGACUCUAGCUGGAUUGAGACACCUCCCUCCAUCAAAUCCAUGGACUCCUCCGACUCCGGAAUUUAUGAACAGGCUAAGAGAAGGCGGCUCUCCCCCUCAGACCCGGCAGUGUCUGGCAGCUCCUCGCCCCUAAAAAGUGAAGUUCUGCCCUCUAGGGACUGUGAAAAAAACUGUGCCAAGGACCUUGGGUACUAUGGCUUCUACACUCACACCUAA